AUCCUUACAAAACGUAGGUAAGGUCUUGAAUUACGGUUCUUAACGUGCAAAAUAAAGUCAUGUUCAUUCACGAGAGAAUUAAUAGACCCUCCAAUAAGUUUAUGGCAGCUCCUUCUUCUUUCAAAAUAUUAACGUCGUAAUAAUCAUCUCACUAGUAAACUAAAUGAGCAUAAAGCAUAAUAUACCAUUUGCAUCUAAGUAGAAAGAAUGAGAGAGGUUAUUAAGUAUCCUCGUAACUUUGAGAAGUUUUUCACCAUGAUGUGCAUGGACAUGCAUGCAUCCGCUUUGACAGAGUCAUCCGUAAAGCAGUAGAUCUAAUUUUGUCGCGACAUGAGGCAACGGUGAAAAUGACAGGAAAUGACAAAGGCAACGGGUCUGACGUCAAGCUUGAAUUUCUUUCUGGUUCCCUAGGAAGUACCAGCCUUAUUCCUACGGUUCAUCAGCCUGAUGUGAAAUGCUGCACAUGGAUACUCUACUUAUCAUUCUUCUUGUUAAGCUGCGUCAUCAUCUGGUUCAUCGUCACCUCUCUCGUCCUCAGUUUCCACGUCUACAGACGAUCCCAAACAAUAUCGAGCUGGUAUCAACGAUGCAUAAAUAAGCGACGACGAAAUCCGUGCCAGGACACGAAGAUUGAGAUACACUAUCAUCACAUUAUCCAAUACGAUGUGGCUAAAAUGCCGUUGCUAAGCGACGUCAACGAAUUAUGGAUGGAUGGACGGAAAGGAUGGUUCGGGGCGUCAAUGAAAGACUACAUCUUCAGUAAACCACCGAUGCCAAUCUGCCCUGAGCUUGAAAUGGGUCCGAACAGGAGCGGGGACCCAGGAUCUCAAGACAGCAAGCAUUGUGAUCGCUAGCUUCACUUGUGGAAAUAUUUUUCAGAAAAAGACGUCGCCCGCGAGGAGGAAGAGUCAUCUGAGUAUUGAACGAUGAACGAUGAAAUAAAAUGAUUGAAUUUAAUAGACCGGUUUACUAACAUAGGGUAUUCAAAUUUUAUCCGAUAUGUUUAAACUAAGAUUGUUCUUGACAACCGGACAACUUGCCCAAGGUUUGUCUGACAUAGAAAAAGUAAUGUACGCAGACUGGAUUCCAAAUAUUGUAGUUCAUUCAUUCAUUCAUAUCAAUUACGUAUUUACCCAAUUUCUUCUGAAUGAUGCAAAACCAAAUUACGUAAUAUUAAUGGAAAUAUGUUUUUGUUAAUAGAUAUUAAAAAAUAAUCUAUUCAAUA